CUUCCCUUCGUAUAACAUCUCAGGUCCUUUACAUUUCCUUGAAUGCAUGCACGAUGGUAGACUUCAACGAUUCUGUGAGGGGUAAGCCUAGAGUUCGACGGAAAACGCCAAAGAAGAAAACAGGCUGUCUCACGUGUAAGAUACGUCGUGUCAAGUGCGAUGAAAUCCAUCCUGCUUGUAGGAGAUGUACUUCGACUGGGAGGAAAUGCGACGGUUAUGCAGAAGACACUAAAUCUCAAACAUCGGAACCUGUGAGGUCAUCCACUCACGGCCAAGUGACCGAACAGGCGCUGGACACACCCUCAUUGGGGAAAUUGAUGUCGGGUGGAGCUGUGUCAGUGGACCUUGACGACCUUUGGCCAACCGUAGACCCCCCUCAUAUCGAGCGCAUCUUCUUGCCCCUGUUCUCUAUUGGGUCCACUACAGACCACUUACCGGGUCGAGCGUUUCAUUACUUUAUACACCGCUCAGCAAUCGACCUAACGGGGCCCUUGGAAUGCUCUAUCUGGCAGGAACACAUUCUCAGUGUAUGUGCUACCAGCCCAGCUCUUCAACACGCUGUGGUGGCCUUGGCGGGCUUUCACGAGAAGUUUAGCAUUCCUUCCAGCCAGAUAUCUGACGAACAAUGUUGGCGCCAAUAUUCCAUCGCUGUCAAAAGUACCAAACAUCUGGUCGAAUUAGCAUCACGGCCCCCCAAAGAGACAAGGAAGUAUCGAAGUGCAGUCACAGACGAGAUCCUGGUCGCUUGCGUCGUAUUCUUUACCAUUGAAAUACUGCUAGGCAAUUUCGACACUGCAUCACGCCACAUCGCCUCCGGCCUUGCUCUUUUUCAAACAUACCUUUUCGAAAGCCACCUGAAGAAUACCCCUCUUGAAUCGUGCGACCACAGCAGCCCUACCUCGUGCUGUUGUUCAGUCGGGUCGUUAUCCACUGUGUUCCCACUCAACCCCUGCGCGAAAUCCCUGCUCGCCGUCUUUUCAAGAAUGGACAUGCAGCUUCUUUCCUUGCUCCCAAAGCGACAUCAUGCACGACGCCUGAGUGCAAUGUCUCGUGAGGACCAUAUUAGAUACGAGAUGCUUCAACUGGCGCAACCGUUUCCAGACGAACCUGCUGUGAGAUUGCAUCAACUACUCAGACGAGAUUUGUAUUGGAUACAUUACUUCGCCGCGCCAUGGAGGUACUCACCCAAUCCGCCAGAAGAGCUAUACGCAACGCAAACAGAACUCUUAAACACACUUCGACAAUGGAAACGCAAAUACCACGAAGGAAAAGACCCUGAAUUUCAUUGGCUCGCUAUCAACACGGAACCAACAUCGAUGGAAGCACAUCUCCUUCUCAUAUACCACCUCACCACCCUUAAGCUAUCUGUCACAUUGUGCUCAAAUGAGUCUAUAUACUCUACACCUGACAGCAUACGAAGUUUCUCCGCCAUGCUUUGCUAUGCUUUCAUCAUCCUCAAACGACGCAAUGCAGAACUCGAUCCGGUCUACCUACCAAAAACGCAAAGCGAGCACUACUUCAGCCUCGAAAGCAGCAUUGUGGAAGCUUUGUACUAUAUUGCCACAAAACUUCGACACAGCCUACUACGGAAAUGCGCACUGGGGUUGCUCAAGUGCGCUGGUAGGGAGGGCGUCUGGGAUAGUACCAUCUUAUCUUGCGUUGCCGAGUACCUGAUCAAUCUUGAGGAGGGGAAUACCUUUCCAUCGCACAUUCCACCAGCCAACCUCGAGACGCUCGACAUGGGUCAACGAGACAAGGAUGUUUCGAGUUUGCCGUUUUGUAUUGCGGGAAAAAUGGCUCAGGACUUGGUCAAGAGAAUCGUAUUGGAGGAUUCCAUGCCAGAUCUGAACGAGUUGGACUCAAUUGACCAGGAGAAGUUGGUGAAUUCCGUUCAUUUCGAUAUCGAUAAGUUGACUACGAAAGUUGAAAUAGAGUGUGGGUGGUAUGAUGAGACCAGAAAGCAAUGGAGGUAUGAAAAGAAGUUGUUAGAAUAUGAUAGAUGUGGGGCUUGA